GGGAUAGUUUCGACCACACAUCCAUAUUGCAUGAGGUAAAAUAAAGCGUCCGUUGGCAACUAAUAAAAAUGGGGAUUGGAAUGUGAAUGCCUUUCUUUUGUACUUUGUCACAAUCAGGCCUGUAAGCUCUGUAAGAGGAAAUCCAAAAAAAUACCAUGGGAAGGAGAUAAAUAGCACAGGAUGAUUUGAAGGGUAAUAAAGCAUACACAUCGAUCAAUUGAUGACCAUUUCAUCAUUGCCUGAUGAAACUACGAUGACUUCUCUCAGGUCUUCCUUCACCUUGAGGUUCCUCCUUGCCCUAAGCUGUGUCUUUGUUAGACUCCACUGGAGCCUGGUGAGCUGUAACCUCCAGCAUGAUCCAGGAAGAUCCCUAGACGCAGGUCUCCAUGAUACAAAAGCAGUCAUUGGAAAGUACUUCAACUACAGCAUUCCAGAUCCAACAGUGAAAUUAGCAGAACAUAAAUUCCAUUAUGAGAAUCCCAAAGUGAAACACCAACAUCGUCUUUCUUUGGAACGUUGGCUAGUCAGCAAUUGACAUCUUCAUCCAGUGCCAUCAUAGGGUCGUCUUUCCUACAAUCAAACAUGCAGUCUUCUACAGUUGUCCGGCCAUCGAUAUCAUCAUCAUUUAUGUCAACAUCUUUUAUUAUUUCCCCAAGUACGCAGUACAGUUCUACAACCCAAACAGUAUAUUCUCUCAAAUCUUCAGUAACACCAGAUCUCCCUAGUAGUUUCUCUGACUCUCGGACCACUUCUGUCCCAUCCUUAAUGACCAGUUCUGUACCUGUGACGGAGAGCCUGGUAUCAACCUUAUCACCCCAGUUGAGUACCUCAUCAGAAGUAAUGUCAACUAGUGUUCCUUCCAGGUUCUUCUCAUCAACUCAAGAGAUAGUCAUGAGCUCCUCACCUAGUCCUACAUCUUCAUCAUCAGUUCCUUCCACUCCAGGGGUGCUGCCAUCCACCACUAUCAUGUUGUCCUCUAGUCCUGCUUUUCCACAGACAUCUUCUACAGCUGGCCGGACUUCAGUACUCCCUUCUCUUCCCAGCUCAGAUGUUUCCUUGCCGAUGUCAACACUUCUUGUGUCUACCUCCGACAUUCAACCAACUCCAUCAUACUCCAGUCAAGUUGGAGUUGUGUCCACUUCAGUUGUUACCACUCAACCAGCAACAACUACGACAGAAACCACAACAGAGCCUGAGAACCAGGCUCCAAUCAUCCAGCAUCCCAUCGACGAGAUCUGUGUGGCACUAGGAGAUAUUCUACAGUUCUCCAUCCCAGAAGACACUUUCCUUGAUCCAGAGGAUGGUUUGACCUUUGACCUUCAGCUUGACCUGCUCACAACGGACAACCAGCCAGUGAGUCUGUCCAACUGGCUUCAGCUAGUUAAUAAUCAGCAGACUCUAGCUGGUGUACCUUUAGACAGUAACCUCACAAUCUUUAGAAAUGAGUAUCUCUUGUCUGCAACAGAUUCAGAGGGGCUGGUGGCAUAUGAUGCAUUUGUUGUCAAAGUGCAAAAACGAUCUUUGGAGUAUAAUCAUGAAUUUGUUAUCACCCUUGAGAAUGAUUUCCAAAGUUUUGUGGAUGACAGUCAAAACAUUGUUUCUCUGUGUGGUGAUGUUGCCAGUUUUCUCAAAGAUCAAAACACUGAUGCCUUCAGUGUUGCUUCACUAUCUGAAGGAUCUGUAGUCAUGACAUAUUCCAACAAAACUAUUCCAACAAAGUAUUGUGACUAUGAAACCAUUGAUAAUCUAUUUAGCAGGCUAGCUUAUUUAAAUGGAACGCCAACAAAUGCCUUUCAAGAUGCUUUAUUGCCAAACAAUGCCAUAACAGAUAUUGAAAGGAUAUUCUUAAAUCUCUGUUCUGUGACAACUGAGCCACCGGUGACCAAUGUGACAGAGUCCUCUGUGACAGGGACCAACCUCCUUCUGGUGACAGUACUUCCAGCGUCUCUGGUGUCUUUCCUCUUGCUGAUCUGCUUCCUCAUCUUCUGCUGCUGCUACAAGCGUAAGAGAGGCGGGGAGGAGUUCUUGCUGCGGGAAGAGAAACCGAUCUACGCAAAGAACCGCAAGCCCAUCUACUUGGACGGAGAGCUCAAUGAUAUAGAACCCCGUGGAGCUUCGCAUCCUGUCAUUCUCCCGAUCGAUGUUGAUGCUGUGAAGUCAUCUCGGCCUUUUAAGCGCAAACCUCACAAGCCCUCCAGUGAGCUGAGGCCACCACCACCUCAGUACAGGCUGCCCGACUACGCUCAGGUGAACUUAGGCUUUGAUGACUUUGAGAAUAACAUGUAUGAAAUGGAACCUCCAACAUACACUUCUCAACCUGUUUUCCUUGAUGCAGCUGACUCCAAAUCACUUGAUGAUAGACCUUCGCCCCUCUACAGGUUACCACCACCAUACCAGUCCCAAGAUAGAGGAUUCUUUGAAGAAUCUGACAUAUGAAUAAAUGCUGUCUUUGCUCAUAAAAUUAAAAAAGGGACAAAAAAUGCUUUUUUUUUAAUGAUGAAGGUUUUAUUAUACAUGUUUAUUUUUGGAAUACCCUUGACUUGCUACCCGGACUAUAUUUCCUUAUUUAUACUUUAGAAAUUUUAGUCUCAGACAUGUGCAGAUCAAACAGAUAUACAUGGAAAUAAUUUUAAGUAGAAUAAAGCAUGUCACAUCGAAAACUUCGAUUCAAUCAGUUAAAAUACAAAUUGUUAAUAUCCAGUCUUAAAUUAAAGAAAUAAAAGGAGAUACAAUAGAUGUCUUCAUCAAUGAAAUAUACAUUGCAGCAGCUGAACAUAUCAACAACAAAAAAGGGAAUACUGAUGUUUCAAGAUUAAUUUUUCAAAAGUCUGAUUAGAAUAGCCAAUUAGAUUAAAAAUGGUUUCGUGAAGAGUAGAGACGAAUAACGAGCAAUACACAUUGUCACUAUCUUUUACCAGUCUAAUUGUAUACACUUUAGAAAUGAUUCAACUGAAACUAUAACAAUGUUGCAUAAUGACCUUUACCCCAAGUACAUUCUUGUAGUUAUUGUCAUCAAGUUGUCUGUUCAUUCUACUACAUUGUGGCUUCUAGUUUGUCUAUUUGUAUCAUGUAAUGAUAUGAAACUGCCAUUGAGUAGGUCCUUCAGUUGAAUGUCUACUUCUUGAAGCAAAUUAACAUUCAAACCCAGCAAAAUUAGCAA